AAGUGUAAGCGAGGUGUCGUGAGGCAGCAAUGGUGUAUCCACAUCCUUUAUCGUUGUAAAAGCUUCUUAUAUCCUAUACAGGAAAUCGGAGAGGGUUUUAUACCCCACAUACUGACAGACUGUAAGGACAGAAAGACUCCUCUGAUCGCUGUGUACUGCACUUCUGACACCGUAAUGGCCACCAGUGCCAAAAGGCCAUCGCUUGGAGCUGUGGCUCCUCGUAAGAAAGCCAAUCCUAAACCCGAACUGACAGAAGAAAUAAGGCAGGAGAUACGAGAAGCCUUUGAGCUGUUCGACACAGAUGGUUCAGGCUACAUAGAGGUGAAAGAGCUCAAGGUUGCAAUGAGGGCUCUUGGCUUUGAGCCAAAAAAAGAGGAGAUCAAGAAAAUGAUUGCAGAUGUCGAUAAGGACAGCACUGGCAAGAUCUCAUUUGAUGACUUCCUGGCAGUCAUGAGCCAAAAGAUGGCUGAAAAGGACUCCAAAGAAGAAAUUCUAAAGGCCUUUCGAUUGUUUGAUGAUGACGAAACUGGUAAGAUAUCAUUCCGCAACCUAAAGCGAGUUGCCAAAGAGCUUGGUGAGAACCUUACUGACGAGGAGCUUCAGGAGAUGAUUGAAGAAGCAGACCGAGAUGGUGAUGGAGAAGUGAGUCAGCAGGAGUUUCUUCGAAUCAUGAAAAAGACAUGUUUGUACUGAAUAAGCGGAAUAUUAGACGUCCAUAUGAGCAGUAAUUUGGUAUCAUCACAGAUCUAGUGCAUCAUUUGCAAAGACACUAAAAUGCACAAUUUCAUACAAAGAUAAUCGGGGGAGAUGAAUGGAAAAGCAUAAAAGAUGGUUGUGUGAAUAUAUUAACACUACAAGGCUUUUGGGAAACUGGUCCAAGACAUCUGAGUGUUACUUCAGAGUGUUGUUUCUAAAUGUAACUGAUUAUAUUGAAUCCUUUAAGAUGUUUUAGAGAAAAAUAUAGCAUUCAGUAAUGUGUCAAAAUUAACUUAACUUGGGAAAUUUCCUGACUACAACCAAAUAUUUGAAAUGGUUGGUUUUUGAAGUGUUCACUUCAGCAGUGUGUACAACGGUCUUUACAUCCAAAACUUUGGCCUUAGUGUCAACCCAGUCCAAGGGUUUAUUGUAACAUGACUAUUUAGCCUGAGUGUGCUGCUUAUUACUCCUGAGAACAAUGUUUCAGGGAGUGCUGUAAUGAGUAACGUGUGCUAAGCUUGCUGUGUGUCUGAAUUUUAAGGCAGGGAAUCGUUACAUCCUCUUUCCUUUGUCCACAGUUCUGUAUGGUGAUCUUAUGACUAUUUUUUUUUCACUUUAUAUAGGCAUAUCAGGUGAAAAUUCAAUUUUUUUUUUCUUAAAAACUUUAUUUUUCAAGAUAUUUACAUGGAAAUUGGCAGGCAUAUACUGUAGAUGGUUGUAUACUGAAUACAAAGUUUGAAAAAUUAGUAAAAACCAAUUGUACAAAUUUGUAUUUAAUUAGUUUCAAUUAUGCUAAUUGGGUAAAAAUGUUCAAUCGGAACACUCUUCUUCAAAGUUUCACCUAAUGGCUUUAUUUGUGCAAUAUAAAGCUGAUCUUAACUCUCAUUUAUACAUCACAAAGAAGGAGAAAUCAAUGUUAAUUAUAAAAUAUGCAUAAAUAAGCAUUGAAUGUCAUUCACAUCUACCAUUCUCUGUCAAAAUAAAAAAGUAAUAAAAGAUUAUUUCUAAUACCCUCUUUGUAAGCAGGGCCUACUAGUGUUUAUAUGAAAGAAUAUAAAUGAUUAUUUUGAUUAAUAUUCACAGCUUUCAAGGCUAACCUCAAAAAAACUGUGUGAGCCACAUCCAAUAAACAGUUCCAAUUAAAUUGAACUGAAAUUGACACUCGCAUUUCUGACUUCCGUUUUUUUUAAAUACCAUUCCGACCACUAAGCUCUCAAUAUUUUUCAUCAAAACAACAACAAUUAUCAAACAGUUUGAUUUGAAAAAAUAAGUAGGUAAAGCUAUGAAAACUCACUUCAAAGUCUUCUGUGAAGCAUAACAUCAGAACUAGCUGACGGAAAAUUUUGCUGAAUACUUCAUCAGAAACAGUGGGAGCUCGAGAACAUCCCUAUAAAAAAGUUAUCUGAUUGAUAUUCAUGAGUAAUCCAGUUAGAAACUGAUCAGAAGAGAGAGAGCCUGAGCACUUUCUCGUGACUCAAAAAGCACCGACAGUUCCCCGGCGUCACGCGAGCAGAGUUUUUACUCUGUUGUACCAAAAUCAGCCUGCCGUUACUCCCAAAGUACUGAACAGAUCUUAAAGAGAUUAAUUUCUUUGAAAAGCAGAGAUUUUAAGCUUUUUACCGAUCAUAUUCACGAUAGAAAAUAUUCAAGUUAAGCAAUGACAGAUUUGGAAACUCAGAUGAGCGUCUGCAUGCACAAUUUUCACAGCACGGCCAGCAAGCAUCUGAUCUGCCUACUUUAUAUUACGUUUCCUCUUUAUGUUGUCUAUUAUUAACUGCCAUUUGGUGUUUUGUAUAAGUCAGAAUAAAUGUUUAAAAGUAUAAAUUAG